AUGAUUUUCACAAGCAUAGAAAUCGCCAGAUCGCCUGAGGAAGUGAAAAAGAUAUUCUUCAACUUCCCAGCAUACCCAACAUGGCAUACAAGUUUCCUCCACGGUAUCACACCGCUCUCCAAAGAUCCCAACCCACUUGAUGCUGGAAGUCAAGUCCAUUGCCACAUUGAAGGUGUUCCUGAGUUUGAUGCGUCCAUAGUUGAAAACUCAGCAAGAAAAUUUGUGUGGAAAGGACCUCCUGUCAUGGGGGUUGCAGGAUUGCACACAUUUGAAUUUCAGCCGAGUGAAAAAACGAAUGGGGGAACUACGUUUGUGCAAAAGGAAGAGUUCGAGGGGGUUUUGAGUUUCUUGUUACAGGAAUGGUUGCUUGGAAAGUCGCUGUUCAAGGGAUAUAAUAACUUUAAUGCCGAUCUAAAGAAGAAGGUUGAGAGUUUGUAA